UGGGUGGCAUCUCAUUGUUUCUUCUGUCUGUCCAGUCCCAUCAGAACAUGGAGGUGACCGGCUCGCUCCAAAUGGAGCAGCACACCAAGAGCGAGCUGGCCACGAAACUCGGCCAGCUGCAGGAGAAGCUGACAGAGCUAAAGGAGCUGGUGGAGGAGAAAUAUCAAGAGGCUCAGGAGCUGCAGCAGCAGCAGGACCACUACCUUAGUCACCUUCAGCAGUACAUGGCCGCCUACCAGAAGCUCGUGGCUGCCUACCAGCAGCUGGCCAACGAGAAGGACGUCCUGCAGAAGCAGGUGCUGCUUAACACCCAGCUUGUCAACUGGAUACAGCACGAAGAAGAGCAGGGCAAGAUGGAGGUCGAGUUGGCCCGCCAAGAGCUGCUGGAAACACAGGUGGGGCAAUUGGAGUGCCAGACACCCUGUGGCUGCCCGAGCAGGAAGACCUGCGAGCAAACCUCCUGGCUCGGACUGGAGAAAGGUCACUUUACCGAGCUCAUUCAGGAGAAAGUGGACUUACAGGACUGGAUGGAGGAGCUGGAGCAUCGAUGUAUCCAGAUGUCUGGAGAGACUGACACCAUCGGAGAAUACAUUGCUCUCUACCAGACCCAGAGAGCAGUGAUGAGGAAGGAGCACCAAGAGAAGGAGGAGUCCAUAAGCCAGCUGGCCCAGAACAAAGAGGAGAUGAAGGUGAAGCUGUUAGAGCUGCAAGAGCUGGUUUUGUGGCUGGUGGAGGUGCACAACAAAUGGCGGGUGAAGCUCCAAGCACCUGCCCAGAACCCUGCUGCUGAGCCCACUAGCGCAUGCCUAGCCCCCAAGGAGCCUGGUGCUGCCAGCGGCCAAGCACGGAGUGAGGUGAGCCUCGUCCACGACGUGCAGCCGACCCAGGGCGAGGCCCAUCUGGGCCUGACUCCCCUCGAGAACACCUCUGCUGAUGACAACAAGGUGAAGAUAAUGGUGGUCUAG